CACGGCGUGACGUCACUUCCGGGGCGGGUCAGGGCGGGCCGGGCCGGCGGCGCCAUGGCGAUCUUCAGCGUCUACGUGGUGAACAAGGCGGGCGGCCUCAUCUACCAGCUGGACCACUACGCGCCCCGCGCCGACACCGAGAAGACCUUCAGCUUCCCCCUCGACCUCGUCCUGCGCCCGCACGACGAGCGCGUCGUCGUCGCCUUCGGGCAGCGCGAUGGCAUCCGCGUGGGCCACGCCGUGCUGGCCAUAAAGGGACCCGAGGUGAACGGGCGCUUCACGGCGGACGGGAAGGACGUGCUGGAGUUCCUGGCCAACCCCGCCAACUACCCGGUGUCCAUCCGCUUCGGCCGCCACCGCCUCUCCUCCAACGAGAAGCUGAUGCUGGCCUCCAUGUUCCACUCGCUCUUCGCCAUCGGUUCGCAGCUGUCCCCUGAGGUGGGGAGCUCCGGGAUCGAGAUGCUGGAGACCGACACCUUCAAGCUGCACUGCUUCCAGACGCUGACAGGGAUCAAAUUCGUGGUUCUUGCUGACCCAAGGCAGGCAGGGAUAGACUCCCUUCUCCGCAAGAUCUACGAGAUUUACUCUGAUUUCGCUCUGAAGAAUCCUUUCUACUCCCUGGAGAUGCCAAUCAGAUGUGAGUUGUUUGACCAGAACUUGAAACUUGCUCUGGAGGUGGCAGAGAAAGCGGGACCCUUUGGACCCGGAUCGUAGGGAAAGCCUCGGCUGCUGCACGGCCUCUCUCCUCCCCGGCUGGCCUCUCCCGGAGCUCUCCCCUCCACAGCAGAGACUGCGUAUCCACAAAACACACUGCGUUACCUCCCAAGAUCCCAGCUGCUCCCCUUUGUUGUGAAAUUUACCUUAAACAGACUGGUUCCUGUUUACAUUGGGCUACAGAGGCUUGUUCUGCUGCCCCUGGCUGAGGACAGACAGGGCGCGGGUCCGUGGCCUCACUGCAGCUGACUCUCUUCUUUCCUCUCCUGUUUGUACAUAUGUAUUUUUCCUGUAUAGCUCUAACUUAUGGUUCUGCAGGGGGUUUUCUGUGUAGGAAUAAUAAACAUUCCCUGAGGAGGUG